AUGACAACCUAUCUGGAAUUCAUCCAACAAAAUGAAGAACGAGAUGGAGUCCGAUUUAGUUGGAAUGUUUGGCCAUCAAGUCGACUAGAAGCUACGAGAAUGGUUGUUCCAGUGGCAGCCCUAUUUACACCACUGAAGGAGCGACCGGAUUUGCCUCCUAUUCAAUACGAACCUGUUUUGUGUAGUAGGACCACUUGCCGUGCAGUUUUGAAUCCUUUAUGUCAAGUGGAUUAUCGAGCAAAACUCUGGGCUUGUAAUUUUUGUUAUCAAAGGAAUCAGUUUCCACCUACUUAUGCUGGUAUAUCUGAACUGAAUCAACCUGCUGAACUUUUACCUCAGUUUUCUAGCAUUGAAUAUGUAGUUCUGCGUGGUCCUCAGAUGCCUUUGAUAUUCCUGUAUGUAGUUGAUACUUGUAUGGACGAUGAAGAUUUACAGGCCCUCAAAGAAUCCAUGCAGAUGUCAUUAAGUCUUUUACCACCUACAGCUUUGGUUGGACUUAUUACUUUUGGGAGAAUGGUGCAGGUUCAUGAACUUGGAUGUGAGGGCAUUUCAAAAAGCUAUGUCUUCAGAGGAACAAAAGAUCUGUCUGCCAAACAACUGCAGGAAAUGCUAGGACUCUCUAAAGUACCAGUUACCCAAGCAGCACGUGGUCCUCAGGUACAGCAGCCACCUCCUUCCAAUAGAUUCUUACAGCCAGUGCAGAAAAUAGAUAUGAAUCUCACAGAUCUUCUGGGAGAACUUCAGAGAGACCCUUGGCCUGUACCUCAGGGAAAGAGACCUUUGCGUUCUUCUGGGGUGGCACUUUCCAUAGCUGUAGGACUACUUGAGUGUACUUUUCCCAACACUGGUGCUCGGAUCAUGAUGUUCAUUGGUGGUCCAGCAACUCAGGGACCUGGAAUGGUGGUUGGAGAUGAAUUGAAGAUACCUAUAAGGUCAUGGCAUGACAUUGAAAAAGAUAAUGCCAAAUAUGUUAAAAAGGGAACUAAGCAUUUUGAAGCGUUGGCUAAUCGAGCUGCCACAACGGGUCAUGUUAUUGAUAUCUAUGCAUGCGCAUUAGAUCAGACAGGUCUCCUGGAGAUGAAAUGCUGUCCCAACCUUACUGGAGGGUACAUGGUAAUGGGUGACUCUUUCAACACUUCCUUAUUCAAGCAAACUUUUCAAAGAGUCUUUACCAAAGAUAUGCAUGGACAGUUUAAAAUGGGCUUUGGUGGUACAUUAGAAAUAAAGACUUCAAGAGAAAUAAAGAUUUCAGGAGCUAUUGGACCCUGUGUGUCUCUCAAUUCUAAAGGACCCUGCGUGUCUGAAAAUGAGAUAGGAACAGGUGGCACUUGUCAGUGGAAGAUAUGUGGACUCAGCCCCACUACAACCUUAGCCAUAUAUUUUGAGGUUGUCAAUCAGCAUAAUGCUCCAAUUCCUCAAGGAGGGCGUGGUGCAAUCCAGUUUGUGACUCAGUAUCAGCAUUCAAGUGGGCAGAGACGUAUCCGAGUGACCACCAUUGCACGGAACUGGGCAGAUGCUCAAACUCAAAUCCAAAACAUCGCUGCUUCUUUUGACCAGGAGGCAGCUGCCAUUCUUAUGGCCCGGCUGGCAAUAUAUAGAGCAGAAACAGAGGAAGGGCCAGAUGUGCUUAGAUGGCUAGACAGACAACUCAUUCGACUGUGUCAGAAAUUUGGAGAGUAUCACAAAGAUGAUCCAAGUUCCUUCAGAUUUUCAGAAACUUUCUCUCUUUAUCCACAGUUUAUGUUUCAUUUAAGAAGAUCUCCUUUCCUGCAAGUUUUUAACAAUAGUCCUGAUGAGAGUUCAUAUUAUCGUCACCAUUUUAUGCGUCAAGAUCUGACCCAGUCUCUAAUCAUGAUUCAGCCCAUUCUCUAUGCAUAUUCUUUUAGUGGACCACCAGAGCCUGUUCUUCUUGAUAGCAGCAGCAUUCUUGCAGAUCGUAUUCUUCUCAUGGACACGUUCUUCCAAAUUUUGAUUUAUCAUGGUGAGACCAUAGCACAGUGGCGCAAGUCUGGAUACCAAGACAUGCCAGAAUAUGAAAACUUCCGCCACCUUCUGCAAGCCCCGGUAGAUGAUGCACAGGAGAUUCUUCACUCCAGAUUUCCAGUGCCAAGAUACAUUGACACUGAACAUGGGGGCAGCCAGGCCCGUUUCCUGCUUUCAAAAGUCAACCCUUCCCAGACUCAUAAUAAUAUGUAUGCCUGGGGACAGGAGUCUGGAGCACCAAUUCUCACAGAUGAUGUUAGUUUACAAGUGUUUAUGGAUCACCUGAAGAAACUUGCUGUGUCAAGUGCUGCUUGAAGUGCUACAUAUAUUAAGGACACUUUAGGAAAAUGGAAUACUACUACAGUUUCUUUGUUUUUUUCCUUUUUCAGUUCAUCUUUGGAAACCAGCAGAGAUAUCUAAACUCUUUUGUAUUAGUAUGGUUUGAAACAACGUAUGGAAAAAUGUUCACGUUUGUAGAUUAAGCCGGAACAUAAGAGCAAUAAGAACAAAUUUAUUUUGCUUGCCACAGUAUUACAACUGGCUUUAGAAAUUUGAAGUCUUUAUAACUUAAUUAUAUUUAAGUGAAAACAGUCUGCCAUGUACUACAGAGACAUAACUCAUUUGUAUAUUGCAGACAGAUCCAAAGUGGCACUGAAUGUCCUUGCUGACCUUUUGAAAACUUUUCUUAAUUUUAGCCAGAAAGUAAAAUCAACAGUCAUGAUAAAUGUGAACAUUUUUGCUUAUGCAUUUGAAUAUUUUUUCUGUGAUUUUUCAGCACAUAUAUUCGCUUUUUCUGUUAAGGCAGAUUUAUUUUUAUGAUGAUUUGUUUGGGAAUUAUUUGACUUUAUGAUAAUUUUCAUGAAGAUAAUUUAAUGUUUUUGCUCAUUUGGGAAAAUAGUACUAAUAUAGAGAUGAAAAGUUUUUUGGGGGUAAAAACCACACAACUGACAAUAAAUGAGAAAUUCCCACCAAGUACCCAAUUUAUGUGAUUAAACACUAUUAUUUUUUUAAAAAAUAAACCAUUUUGUUGGAGUGUAUUUUAGAAAAGUGUUGUAGUAUGACUGUAAUAUACUACCCAAUUUUGGUUUUCACUGCAUGAUUUGGUUGUUUCCCCUUGUUUUUCUGAGGUAAAUUUUAUAUUAUGUCCAUCAGUAUUUAAACACUAUUUUGGGAGUUUACACAUUAUUUUUUGUUUCUGCUUCUUUCUUUUUGUGAAGUUUUUAUUAAGUGCUUGUUGAAACAGUAUUACAUAAUUUUUUAAAAAUUUUAUCAUAUGUGAUGCUCAGCUGUAUUUUGAUUUAUUCAUUAAUAUUCACUUUUUCCUUUUAAAGUUUACGUGUAGCAGAUAUGUUUACAUUGCUAAAGCCAGAUAUGUUUUGACCAUGAAAUUUACAUCAAGUACUGCAAAUAAAAAGUGGUGCUAUGUUGUAUGCUUAGAAGGACAGUUUUGAUGAUUAUAUUUGCAUGAACAAAUCAUAUAAUGUUGAAACAGGCAGGAACUUAAAAAAUUGUGUAUAUGUUAUAUUCAAUGAGAUUAAAUAAAUUGCUCUGUUUCAUUUUACUUCA